AUGCCUCACUACCGCAAACUUUUAAAUGAGUGUGAAGGCUGCGAAAAUGGAUUGGAUUCUGUAACAUUUGAUGAGACAACUAUUGAAACACAGACGUUGCAGUUGUUAGAGCAGACUGCUCUGGAACUCGGUCAUGAUAUAAAGCUUUUCGACCGAUUAGGUGAGCUAUCAAGGGCAGGCAGCGUCGAUCAGGUUGCAAGGCCUAUAAUACCAGGGACCUCAACAAGCGUUGCACACCCACCUGUGGAGGAAACACGACCACAGCAGGCACCACAGACAACAACGACAGCCUUUCCUGCCUUUCCAACUUCUGGUGCUUCAGCAGAACCAGCUGUCUCUGUCAUUUCUGUGCCUUCGGCACCACCUCCAAAGCUAUCAGUACCGAGGCAUUCAGCCUUCGGUCUUCUUGCCGGUCCAGUUGGUCCUGGAUCGUACCAGUCCCCAAAAGGUCUGGGUGUCUCCGCGCAAAGUCAGUCGGCACCCGGGCCGUUCAGCUCCCGUGGAACGGAGCGCGAGCCCGAUGGCAGCUACGCCAACAUCGAGCAAACCAAAACGGUGCCCGUGGCAGGACCGCCGAAAGUUGAAACGGCAGCACCGGUUACGACUAAAUUUCCGUCAUUGCCAGGCUCCCCAAGCAGUGACGAGUCACGUGAAGCAACGCGGCCAUUUGGAUUCCAUGCCAAUGCGGCCUUCUUCCAGGAACGAGAUCGGGCAACGCGCUCGGCAAUGGUUUCUGAGCCUCCAGCCGACCCAUUGGCCAGACGGUGA